UUCUGCAAGUAGGGUAGUCUCUGACAAGCGGUGUCAUUGCUCGGUGGUAAAAGUUAAAGCAUCGAUUCGUUCGAAAAAUUCUGAGUGGCGCAUGUGUGAUACAUAAGCAGCAUCAUGGAACCAUUGGAUCUGCUAAUCGCCGCGGUGAUGAUCGCAUUGGCGGCCUAUCUGUAUCUAGACAAGAAAAAUAAGUAUUGGGCUGAUCGUGGCAUCCCGUUCGUAAAACCAGAAUUGUUAUACGGAAACGUGAAGGAAAUGAAUCGGACGGUGCAGAUGGGCCAACUGUUCCAAAAGUUCUACAAUGAACUCAAAGGCCAAGGUUCGUUCGGCGGUGUUUAUAUGUUUACCAAACCGCUUGCCGUUAUAACGGAUUUGGACCUUCUGAAGUGUAUAUUUGUGAAAGAUUUCCAAUACUUCCAUGAUCGGGGUAACUUCUACAGCGAGAAUGCUGAUCCACUAACAGCGCACAUGUUCAACCUGGAGGGUAACAAAUGGAAAAUGCUUCGGCAUAAAUUGUCGCCGACGUUCACCUCCGGCAAGAUGAAGAUGAUGUUUCCAACGAUUGUGGCGGCGGGGAAACAGUUUCAUGAUUUUAUGAUUGAGAAGGUACAACACGAGAGUGAGUUCGAGUUGAAAGAUUUGUUGGCGCGGUUUACUACGGACGUUAUCGGGAUGUGCGCCUUCGGGAUUGAGUGCAACUCGAUCAAAGAUCCUGACGCGCAAUUUAGAGCUAUGGGUCGAAAGCUGUUUUCGACGCCGAUCCCAAAACCAAAAAUGUUUCUGACUAACUCCAUGCCAUCUGUUGCGAGGAAGCUGGGGGUGAAGAUGAUUCCGACUGACGUUUCAGAUUUCUUCAUGAACGCAGUCAGAGAAACAAUUGAUUAUCGGUUGAAGAACAAUGUUCGAAGAAAUGAUUUCAUGGAUUUGCUGAUACAAAUGAGAAAUCCGGAUGAUACCAAAAGUGGAGAAGGGCUUUUGUCGUUCAAUGAAAUUGCCGCUCAAGCGUUUGUAUUCUAUUUGGCUGGGUUCGAAACAAGUUCUACGUUAUUGACUUGGACGCUUUAUGAACUUUCUGUAAACCAGCAUGUUCAAGAAAAAGGAAGGCAACAUGUCAAAGAUGUCUUGGGGAAGCACAACGGGCAAAUGACAUAUGAAUCUAUCACUAGUAUGAAAUAUCUGGAUCAAAUUUUGAACGAGACUCUGCGUAAGUAUCCACCAGUUCCAAUACAUUUCCGUGUGACAACUAAGGACUACAAAGUACCGGAAACCAAACAUGUGAUCGAGGCUGGCACCCGCUUGUUCAUUCCCGUUUAUGGUAUCCAUCAUGACCCUCAGAUUUUCCCCGAUCCUGAGAAGUUUGAUCCUGAACGGUUCAGCCCAGAAGAGGAGCAAAAACGGCAUCCCUACGCGUGGACUCCAUUCGGUGAAGGUCCGAGAAUUUGUAUCGGUUUGCGUUUUGGCAUGAUGCAAGCCAGGAUUGGAUUGGCCUAUUUGCUAAAUAGCUUUAAGUUUACCAUCGGCGAGAAGUGCCAAGUGCCACUAGAAAUAGAUGUAAAAAGCGGAAUUCUUACUCCAAAGGGUGGGUUGUGGUUGAAAGUGGAGAAAGUAUGAAGUGGUUUUCAAGUUUUGGUUGUAAUAAAUAAACGUACUUUAAUAUUCUAUAGAAGUAAUUUCAAGUGAGACCGAUGUUUGUAUUAUUCGGUAAAAUCGUUCCUUCCCGAAAAUCUGUCCGUGUU